AUGGCAACCAUCAGCAGCACGCAGGCAGCCUUCGCCUUCGCGCUGACGGAGAGGCGCGCCGGCUCGAGCGCGCACGCCCCGGCGCAGGAUUGCUCGCUCCCGAGCGCGCACGAGCAGAACCGCGGCAAGGUGCUGAAGAGACAGCGCUCCGACUCGCCCGAGCUGCUGCGCUGCAAGCGGCGCCUGAGCUUCAACGGUCUGGGCUACGCCAUCCCGCAGCAGCAGCCCGUGGCCGUGGCCCGGCGGAACGAACGAGAGCGGAACCGGGUCAAGCAGGUCAACAUGGGCUUCCAGACGCUGCGCCAGCACGUCCCCAACGGGGCCGCCAACAAGAAGAUGAGCAAGGUGGAGACUUUGCGCUCCGCGGUGGAGUACAUCCGCGCUUUGCAGCAGCUUUUAGACGAGCACGACGCCGUGUCGGCCGCCUUCCAGUGCGGACUGCCCUCGCCCACGCUCUCCAACACCUACUCGGCCGACCCGGAGUCGCCUCACUCCACCUACUCGUCCGACGAGCCUCUGAGCUCCGAGGAGCAAGAGUUGCUGGACUUCACCACCUGGUUCGACCGCUACUGA